CACUGUCUCUAUUCUUUGCUAUUGUUCACGAUGAAGACACUACUAAAUGCCGGAAAGCAACCGGAGUCAUUGCAAAAGAGAAAGAUGAGCCUCAAUCUAGUCUCUAUCAUCGUUGAUCGUUUUCUCCUCGAUAACAACUUUUCCCUCACGCGUUCCACCUUUCUCAACGAGGCUUCCUCGCUUAUUGCCAACCAACACGUGUCAAAGAGUUUGCUGAGUUUGGAAAAUAUGCUGGAUGAGUAUAUAUGCUUGAAGGAAGAGAAGGCGUCGCUGCAUCGAGAAAGGGUUGCGCUGAUGCAAGAGAAAAUCAGGAUUCAGAUGCUGUUGCGAGACAUGCAAAAUGCUGUCAACACAUUCGAUACUUUUCAGGGGCCACCCCCACCCAAUGUUGCAGAGAUGAACGCAAAUCCUGCAAUGCUUCCUCAAUCCAGAGUUUCUCCUUCGGGUGUUGCUCCUGUUAAUACUACUCCUCUACCUCCGCAAAACAUGUCUCAUAUACAGUCACUGCCUAUGCGUAUGAAUACCAAUGUGGAAGCAGGAAACUUCUCUGCACCCAUGAUUAGUGCAUCUGACAGAAAGAGAAGAGAUAGUCAAGCAAUGGAUGUUCCUACAGUUUCAAAGAAGCGUCGUGGUAGACCACCUGGUAGAAAAAAUAAUGUUCAAGGUCAAAACAUACUGCCAUCGUCAAAUAAUACAGUCAAUGACCAAGUAAUUUCUACACCUUGUUCUGCAACUCAAUCAUCCGCUUGGAAUUGUGCACUUGGUGGAUCACAGGCUCAAGGAUCUAAUGCAGUCAAUAACCAAGUAGUUAUUACGCCUUGUUCUGCAACUCAAUCAUCGGCUGAGAACUGUGCACUUGGUGGAUCACAAGUUCAAAGAUCUAGUGUUGUUAAAAGCUUAUUCAAUCCUCUUCCAUUUCCUACUCCAACCAAUUCUCCAGUUUUAAAUACACCUUGCAAAACAAAUCCCUCUCACAAUGAUACAUGUGUAUCCCCUCUCGAGAUUUCUCCGAUUACGACAUGCAAUGGGAAGACUGCAGAACAAUUGACUUGUUUAGGGAGAAGUCAAUGCAUUUCUCCAAUCAAUGUUGAUUUGGACCAGACAUGUGAGAAGGAUCUCGUAAGUAGCAGGUUGGAUACUUCUAAUAUGCAUGAGAGCUUAGACAAAUCAUUGCCUGAUGAUGAUGAUGUUGCAUACAACUUUGACAUGGGAGACAUAUCAUCACACAAUUCUUGGGAUUUUGAUAUGCUCAAGUUUGACAAGGAAGACUUAUCUGAAUUCUGCGAAUUCGAAUGUGGAGCCUUCAUUUCAUGAUGACACUGUCUGAACUCUGAAAUGGAAACAUGGAUUCUUCUGUUUUUUUAGCUUUGUAUUCAUUAUUCAGUGAUAAAACCCACAUAGGAAUUUGGAAAUGAUGCUGCGAGUGCAACAUUGGCUAUAUCUUAUUUGAUCUUAUAUCACCUUAUUGUUUAGUUUGGUCUAGUGAAAACCUUGGGACUUUUGAAGCCAACUUCACGGUAUAUGUACAUUAGAGUG